AUGCGCGGCCGCGCUACGCAGGAAGCGGGAGGCUCUGCCGGUCGGCCAAAUUCUCGAUCGACCAGCAGAUUAAGAACCGCAAGCAGCUCCAGCCUGCCACGGCCAAAUCUGUCACUCCGUGAUUCAAGGAUAGCGUCUUUUCGAGCAACUCAGCCCAUUCCCACCAUUCAGACCGCAGAAUCAAGCACGUCCAGACCGGCAUCAAGACAAAGCAAUGCGGCUGCAUCAGUUCGAGGCUCGCUCAAGAGCUCGGGAUCAAAGGAAAAUUUAGUGCCGCCCAGCACAGACGGACAUGAAAAGCUUCACAGAGAGAUCGAGGCCCUCAAGGCCGAGAUUGGAACCUUGCAAUACCGCCUGCAGACUGCCGAGCAAGAAAAGGACAUUGCGCUGUCUCAGCAAAGCAACAAGAUGGAGCAAGCCCGACGGCGAGAACAGGAAGAGGCCCAGCAACGCCAAUCGGCCGAGGCAGAAAAGGCCAAGGCGGACACCAAGAUGGAGUCGAUCAGGCGGGAAAUGGAGGAGUUGAAGGAGGCCGCAGAAAACGAAAAGCGAGCGCUUGAGUCCAAAAUUCGAGCCGCCGAGGACGAGGCCCGUCUUGCGCAGGAGCAAGUAGAGGACCUCACCAACGCCAAAGACGAAGCCGCGAGAAGAGCAGACAAAAAGGCCAAUGACUUGCAGAUGCAAAUCGCCGCAGCAAACAGCUCAAUACAGGAGAUGGGGCAAGAGGCCGAGGCACGGGAGUCGGCGCUGCAGCAGUACCAAGAGCAGAUUCUGGAAAAGGAUGGCGUGAUUGGCAGGCUAGAAGCAGACGUGUUGCGGCUCAAGGCGCAAAGCGGCGAUGCAGAGACCAUGGAAGUCAUCAAGAGGGAGCUGUCAGAACAAGUUUCGCACAUCCGUGCCCUCGAAGCUACAAAUCGCGACCAGCUUGCCGAGCUGAAACGACUCCGAGCCGUCAACAAGGCUGUCGAGAUUGUCGAGGAGGAAAAGAGGACACUGUUGCGCAAGGUCGAGGCUGCGGAGAGGCUAGAGGCGGAGCUGGCAGAGGCCAGGAUACAGCGGCAGCGACUGGAAGACGAGCGUCUAUCGUGGUCGGCCUAUCUAGAGAAUGUGUCGGAAACAGGCCAGGCCGAGUUCGACUCUCCUGAAGAGAUUGCGCGGGCGCUCGUUCAAGAGCGGCUGACGAGUGCCUCUUACGUCGAGCAGCUUGGAGCUGUCCGUGCUGAAGUUACAGCGCAACAAGGGCAGAUUCAAGCCUUGGAGGAAGAAAAGGCCCAGCUACGGAGUCAAGUCGAGAAUGCUACAACGUCUGCGCAGGCCGCCAAUACCGACAAGGUGCGCAUGCGUCUGGAUCGCCAGCGAGCGUUGGCCCUGAAAGAAGUCGAGUACCUGCGCGCACAGCUCAAGGCGUUUGACACUGAGGAGCACGCGAUGCAGCCCGAUGACUAUGACGAGAAGCGGGCGGCGCGGAUCCAGGAGCUGGAGGACAUGGUGGACAAUUACAAGAUGGAGGUGCAGCAGCUGCAUGGCGAGCUCUCAUCCAUGGACGUCUCGUCACAGCAAGCGUCGUCGCCACAACUGUUAUUAGCAGGGAGCAAACGAAGCCGCGAGGAAGACGACGUCGCCCAGGAGCAAAUGGGCCAGCUUACGCGUAAGAAUCGCAAGCUUCAGGAGGAUCUGACGAGCCUGCAGACGCAGGUUGCUAUGCUCGAAAAGGACCUCUCGGCCAGUCGCGAGCAGCUUGCUGCGGCUAAGGAGCAGACCAAGACGCGCGUGCUGUCGCUGAGAUCCAACCCGACCUCGGACUAUGAGGCGAUCAAGCGGGCGACGCUGGAGGCGCUGCAAAAGGAGAACAAGGAGCUGCUGGCGACGCUGCGAUCGAAGCAGACGGACCCAGCGAUCCCCUUGGUCCCGACGUCGGUGCUGAGCGCCAUGGAGCGCGAAAUCGCGGCGGCCAAGGCAGAGACGGCGAGCGCGCAAAAGUCGGCGCGACGGCUCAAGGAGGUCUGGGGCUCCAAGUCACAAGAGUUUAAAGAGGCCAUCUUCUCGACGCUUGGGUGGACGGUGACGUUUAUCCCCAACGGCAAGAUGCGAGUAGAGAGCACGUUUUACCCGUCGCAAACAGACGAGCACGAGAACUCGAUUGUGUUUGACGGCGAGAGGGGCACGAUGAAGGUGGGCGGCGGGCCUAAGAGCGCAUUUGCACGCAAGAUUGGGGAUCACAUUGGGUUCUGGGUGAGGGAGAAGGGAUGCAUCCCGGGAUUUUUGGCGGCACUGACUCUGGAGUUUUACGAAGAGCAUGCGAGGGCCGCUUCAGGGGAAUGA